AUGGAAGACAUCAACCUCCCAAUCGCAUUAAGACGUGCGCGUCGCUGCAGCAUAAAAGCAGAGCCCAUGCCGGACCUACCAUCAUCUCCUGCAAUGCCUACCAAGACGCCCAAAAGAGGCACAAAAAGAAGAGUCCGCUUCUCAGACCCUUUCCCUGCUUCUUCAGGCCUGACCCCAAUGGUCGGGCGCAUUUCCGUCGCAACACCUAAGCGCCGUCGCCAUUCAUCUGCGCCUAUAGAAACAACGCCAAACACAAUCCGCUCCAGCCCUGCACUUCCCCAGAGCGGCGAGGUCGCUCUUCUGCCCCUUCGACAGGUCCUCGAUGGCCGUGUCAAGCGGCGCAUUCGGCGCAAUGGACUCAGUGAGGAGAUGAACACCAUCCAGCAGGAGAAGCGACGACGGUCUGUUGAGGCCAAGGCUGAGAUUGAGAAGCUUAGAUGUGAACUGAAGGCGCGUGAUCGCGAGAUCUAUGAGCUGCAGAAUGCCACUGUCGUUAUGGACACCGAUCGCAUCUGGGAUCUUGAGAAGCAGAUCCAGGAUCUUCAGGAUGAGCUAAGCAAGAGAUCUGGGCGCGGCAUGGAUCAGAGCAGAGGGUAUAACUGGACCCUAGCUGCGCGGGACAAGAUCUCGGCUGAGUUUAUGGACAUGACACCAGACGAGGAUGAGUUUGGAGAGGAGACGAUGGCGCAUUUUGUCACAAGCACUCCAUCUAGAGCGAGGACAUCUUUCAUGACACCCCCUGCGACGAGUCCAACUAUCCCCGGGACACCACACUAUGAUCUUCCUGUCAUGAUGACGGAUGAUGUUGGCGUCCAAGCUUGUUUCCCUGAUCCCAAUCAACAGCGAUUGGAAGAAGAGGUUUCGUCUCUGCAAUUCGAGGUCACCAAAUUGACCGAUACCCUUGAGUCGUACAGGGCUCUCAGCGGCCGUCUAACCGAUAAGCUCUCCGACUUUACACCUACUACCGAGACCGCAUUCUCACAUGAAGGUCUCGAGUCACAAAUUAACGCCAUGCUCCAGACAAUGUCCGACAGAGCAUGCGCCCUCCAGCAACUCACUUCCUCCAUUACCAAACUCGGCUUCACAGGCACCGACGCCAGCGAAAUGGUCACCUCUCUGGCCUCCGGCUUCCGCGCCGCCCGUCUGGAGCUGGAGUAUCUCACCCCCGGCGAGAUCACCCUCCCGCUCUCAUCCCACGGCGCAGAAGUCCUCGAUCUCAUGCUAACGCGACUGCGCCACAUGGCCAAGCGAGCCAAGGAGGACGAGGAUGCCAUCGACGAGUAUCACGAGAUUGAGCAAUCUCUCCGCAAACAGCUCGAUGCUCGCGUCACUGUCAUGGACGGUCUCAAGGGAGAGAUGUGCAAGGCCGAGAAACUCAUGAGCGACAAGAUGGCGAGGAUACGUGAGCUCGAGGUAGCAAACCAGCGUCUCAAGGGCGCAGUGGACGGGUACCUGCGCGACAUCUCAGAGCUGGAGAACCUCGUCGAGCGAAUGGAGCGCGAUGCGCACGACGCAGAAGACGAGUACAGCGUGCAACUUGAAGUCAAGCGCAAGGUCCUCACGCGGAAAGAAGAUACCAUCGCCGAGCUGGAGACCAAGCUGGCGGGAGCUCUGCAGCGCUCCGCGGAUCUUCAGAAGCAGAUGCAAGACGUGCAGGAGUCCAAGCUGCACGACAUCGCAGAGCUGAACAAGCGCCACGGCGCCGCCCUCGCAGCAGGCGAUGCAAGCGUCGCCAAGUACCGCAGGGAGAUCGACAGAGUGAACGCAUCGCUGCGCUCCGCGCACUCAACGAUCUGCAGUCUGCGUGUCGAGAACGGCGGGUUGAAGAGCCAGAUGGAGGAGGAGCGCACGCAAGCCAAGGCGGUCAUCGAUUCGAUGAAGGAGGAGCUGCAGCGCGUGGUGCAGAUGAGCCAAGAGUUCCUAACGCCGAGGAGCAAAGCGUCGACAGCUGCAGAAGAGUCUGAGGCAUCAUCUUCCAAGCCGGUUGUUCGUCGCGGGUAUCUCUCUGCUGGGUCUGCACGACGGUCAAGUAAGAAGCGACCGAGUCGGGGUCGAGAUAGCGGAAUGGGAUUGUUGGAUGAAGAUGAAGAGGAGUUCUUCUAG